GCUCAGAUGAUGCUGAUGCUGCUGAUGCUGAUGCUGCCCUGCCCUGCGUGAGCUCUCCUGCUGAGUCAUGGCUUGUGCUGGUCCAUUACUGAAGUACACACACCACGAGACAGACUAUAUGUCGAGGACCUACACGUGAGGCAUUACAGCAUGAAAUAGCCGCUCAUAGUGGGCUGUUUAUAUAAGGAGAGGACGCAGACGUGUAGGAGUGGCUGUCCUACAUCGCAAUGAUUGCUGCGGCUUUUUUGGUCUUAUUGAGACCCUUGAGUAUCCAGUGUGUAUUAUUGCUAUUAUUGCUUUUGGUAGGAACUGUCGCAGCGAUCGUGUUUCUCAGCUGCUGGCAUCGCAAGCUCCGUGAUGAGAAAAUUCCCAUAAAAUCGGUUCUCACGAGGCGCUCGAGGAGCCGAGCUGGUUUCCGGCCGCAUCAUUUUCGCUCUGAGGUUUGUCGUCACAGUCCACGUCAUGCGAGGAGAAGCGCACGCGCGCGCGUUCCUGAAGAGCAGCCGCUGAUCGAGAGCGAGCCGGACUCGAGCCUGAGGAAGCGCAGAGUGAAGAAGAGAGUCCAGCCAGACUUCUAUCAGUCCGUGCAGCUCACGCCAACACGCAAACCGAGCUCCGGGUCUGGGAACGCGUCCCUGCGCUGCUCUAUGUCUUCAUCGGCAGAUUUCUCCGAUGAUGAAGAGUACAGUGUGAAAUCUGGGUCGGGGUCGCCAGCACCGGGGGACACGUUACCGUGGAAUCUACCCAGACACGAGCGCUCGAAGCGGAAGAUCCAGGGAGGAUCCGUGCUCGAUCCCGCCGAGAGAGCGGUGCUCAGGAUCGCAGAUGAAAGAGACCGAGUCCAGAAAAAGACCUUUACAAAAUGGAUAAAUCAGCACCUCUUAAAGGUCCGAAAGCAUGUGAACGACCUGUAUGAGGAUUUGCGAGAUGGACAUAACCUUAUUUCCCUUCUGGAGGUGUUGUCCGGUGAGACACUGCCAAGGGAGCGUGAUUUUCUGAAGACGUUGCGGUUGGUGAGUGCGGCUGAUGCAUGCACGGUUGAGCGGCAUGGACGUGACCACGAUGAUGAUGAUGAUGAUGAUGAGGAUAAGGGGCCGCGAGAGAAGGGCCGCAUGCGCUUCCACAGACUCCAGAAUGUACAGAUCGCCCUGGACUACUUAAAAAGACGGCAGGUGAAGCUGGUGAACAUCAGGAACGACGACAUAACGGACGGGAACCCAAAACUGACACUGGGAUUAAUAUGGACCAUAAUUCUGCACUUUCAGAUCUCGGACAUCCAUGUGACAGGAGAGUCCGAGGACAUGACAGCCAAGGAGAGACUUCUGCUGUGGUCCAAGCAGAUGACCGAAGGCUAUGUAGGUGUCCGCUGUGACAACUUCACUACCUCGUGGAGGGAUGGACGACUGUUCAAUGCUAUUAUUCAUAAGUACAGGCCCGACCUGGUUGAUAUGAGCAAAGUAUCGACACAAAGUAGCAGAUCCAACUUAGAGCAAGCGUUUGGUGUGGCCGAGCAGCUUGGUGUGGCCCGACUGCUGGACCCAGAGGAUGUGGAUGUGUCAUCUCCGGACGAGAAGUCUGUCAUUACAUAUGUAUCAACAUUAUACGAUGUCUUCCCGAAAGUACCGGAGGGUAUGGAGGGCAUCAGUGCAAUUGAUGUGGACGUUAAAUGGGUGGAAUACCAGAACAUGGUGAAGUACCUCAGCCAGUGGAUCAAACACAAUGUGACUGUUAUGGCAGACAGAAAUUUCCCCAGCAAUCCUGUGGAACUUAAGGCACUUUAUACACAGUAUCUACAGUUUAAAGAGAACGAAAUACCACCAAAAGAAAACGAAAAGGCCAAAAUCAAGCAUCUCUACAAAAUGCUAGAGGUGUGGAUAGAGUUCGGUCGCAUCCAGCUCCCUCAAGGGUACCAUCCUAAUGAUGUGGAGAAGGAAUGGGGCAAGCUGAUCGUGGCCAUGCUGGAGAGAGAGAAGAGCCUGAGGCCUGAAGUGGACAGGCUUGAAAUGCUACAGCAGAUUGCAAACAGAGUUCAGCGAGACUGCGUAGCCGGAGAGGACAAACUAGCGUUAGCGCGGACGGCUCUGCAGUCGGAUGCCAAGCGGCUGGAAUCAGGAAUCCAGUUUCAGAAUGAAGCAGAGAUCGCUGGAUACCUUCUGGAGUGUGAGAACUUACUGAGGCAGCAAGUGGUGGACAUCCAGCUUCUACUGGACGGGAAGUUCUACCUCGCUGACCAGCUCGUUCAAAGGGUGUCUAAGCUCCGAGACGAUCUGCUGGCUUUGAGGACAGAGUGUUCAACCGUCUACAGCAAAGGACGCACGCUGACCUCAGAACAGACCAAGAUGAUGAUCUCUGGCAUCACGCAGAGUUUGAACUCAAACUUUUCCCAAAACUUCAGUGCUGGACUGUCUCCUGCGCUCAGUCACGGAGGCCUGGUCACAUCGGGCGGCAGCCCUGCCAUGAGCCCGGCCAUGACCCCCAGCAUGACCCCUGCCGCGGUCCAGACUUACCUCAGCGGCCGAGGAGGAGGAGGCAUGGAGCCCGCUGGCCUUCAGCAGCUCAAACACAUGCAGAUCCCCAAACCCAUGCUCAAAUCCUCCUUCCUGGACCCCAGCUUGAGCGAGGAUGAGGUUCAUAUGAAGUUUGUGCAGGAUCUGCUUAGCUGGGUUGAGGAAAUGCAGGUUCAGCUUGAUCAAGCAGAAUGGGGCUCUGAUCUACCGAGCGUUGAAUCAAAUUUAGGGAAUCAUAAAGAUUUUCACAAAGCCAUCGAAGAAUUCCAGAUGAGCAUCAAAGAAGCCAAAAUGAGUGAGAUCCAGAUGACCCAGCCGCUGAAGCAGAGUUACUCUGAGAAGCUGAAGACGUUAGAAAGCCAGUACAGGAGGCUGCUGAAAUGCUCCGGUGAGAGGCAGAAGCACCUGGACAGUCUGUAUGAUUUUGUGUCCCGUGCCACUCAGGAGCUGAUCUGGCUCAAUGAGAAGGAGGAAGAGGAAGUGGCUUUCGACUGGAGUGAGAGGAACAGUAAUGUUUCAAGGAAGAGGGAUUAUCACGCAGAUCUCAUGAGAGAACUGGAUGACAAAGAGGAGGUGAUCAAGUCAGUACAAGAGAAGGCAGAGAGCCUCCUUCUGGAGAACCAUCCUGCCAGACUGACCAUCGAGGCGUACAGAGCAGCCAUGCAGACUCAGUGGAGCUGGAUCCUGCAGCUCUGUCACUGUGUGGAGCAACAUCUGAAGGAGAACGCCGUCUACUUUGACUUUUUCAGCGAAGCCAAAGAGUCAUUGGAUUACCUUAAGAGCCUCCAAGAUGCCAUCCACAGGAAGUACAGCUGCGACCGAAGCAGCAGUUUACAUCGGCUGGAGGAUCUCAUUCAAGAGUCCAUGGAUGAGAAAGAACAGCUCCUGAAAUACAGCAGCACAGUGGGUGGGUUAGUGGGCCGCGCAAAGUCUGUUGUUCAGCUCAAAGCCCGUAACCCAGAGAACCCCAUCAGGACCUCCAUACCCGUCAAAGCCAUCUGUGACUACCGCCAGAUAGAGAUCACCAUCAGCAAAGAAGAUGAGUGUGUUCUAGUGAGCAAUUCUCACAGGGCAAAGUGGAAAGUGAUCAGUCCAUCUGGAAAUGAGGCGAUGGUGCCUUCAGUCUGCUUCAGUGUACCUCCACCCAACAAGGAGGCCACGGAAAUGGCAAGCAGGAUGGAGCAGCUGUAUCAGAAUGUUCUGGCUCUGUGGCACCACUCUCACGUUAACAUGAAGAGCGUCGUGUCCUGGCACUAUCUGAUGACUGACAUCCGCACCAUCCGCAAAAGCACUGUUGCCUCGAUCAAGACGCUCUUGCCGGGUGAUCACGAGCAGGUGCUGAGCAGCCUGCAGUCCCACUUUGAGGACUUCCUGAGGGACAGCGAUGAAUCUGAGGUUUUUACGGUGGCUGAUUGUGCCCAGCUGGAAAAGGAGGUUCUGGCUUGUAAGGAGUACUAUGAGGAACUCCUCAAAUCUGCAGAGAGAGAAGAACACGAGGAGUCCGUGUAUAACCUCUUCAUAUCUGAGGUGCGUAACUUCCGCAUGCGAGUGGAGGGUCAUGAGGAACAGCUGAUCCGGAAAAUCCGUACCCCGCUAGACAGAGACGACCUGCAGGAGUGUGUGCUGCGCAUCAAUGAACAGGAGAAGAAGAAGGUAGAGCUGGAUAGGUUGAAGGAUGACCUGGAGAGCCUGAGAGAGAAGUGUGACGUCUUCCUCAGGCAAGCAGCUGCCUCUCCAUCCGUCCCUACGCUUUCCUCUGAGCUGAACAUCCUCACUCAGAGCACGAACCAGGUCUACUCCAUGUGCUGCAUCUACCUGGAGAAGCUGAAGACAGUGAGUUUGGUGGUGAAGCACAGUCAGAGUGCAGAAGCUCUGGUCAAACUUUAUGAAGCUAAGUUGUGCGAGGAGGACACGAUCAAUGCUAAUAUCAAAUCUAUCGAUGGCGUCAUGAGCACUCUUAAGCAAUGGAGGUCUGAAAUCGAUGAAAGGCGUGAGGUAUUCCAUGACUUGGAGGACGAGCUGCAGAAGGCACGAGUGGUCAGUGAGCGCAUGUUCAAAACGCACAACGAAAGAGACUUUGAUUUGGACUGGCACAAGGAGAAGGCCGACCAGCUCAAAGAACGAUGGCAAAACAUCUACUCUCAGAUUGAAAACAGGCUCCGAGACCUGGAAGGCAUCAGCAAAUCACUAAAGUAUUACAAAGACACGUACAACAGCCUUGAUGAAUGGAGCAAAGAAAUGGAAGCCAAGCAGCUCAAGGCCCAAGAGAAUCAGCCCGAGGACAGCAAGGCAUUGGCCGAGUUCCUUAACCAGCAGAAAGUUUUGGUCACAGAAAUUGAACAAAAACAAAGCAAAAUUGAGGAGUGCCAGAAGUAUUCAGAGCAGUAUGCAGUUGGAGUGAAAGACUAUGAACUGCAGUUGAUGACUUACAGAGCCAUGGUUGACUCUCAGCAUAAGUCUCCAAUGAAGAGAAGGAAGAUGCAGAGUUCCUCUGAUGUCAUCCAGCAAGAGUUUAUGGACCUUCGUACACGCUACACAGCCCUGGUUACUCUGAUGACACAGUAUGUGAAGUUUGCAGGUGAAACACUAAAGAGGGCAGAAGAGGAUGAGAGGAGGAAGUCAUUGGAAAAUGCGGAGUACUUGAGCUGGACUGAGAGCAUGGAGCUGCAGAAAUCUGAAAGUGAAGAGGAGAUCGGCAGGCUUAGGCGUCAGAGAUCUGUUGAGGAUGAGAAGAAAGAGCAUGGUGAUAAGGUUAACAAGUUGUUAAAUUGGAUGAAAACGAAUCCAAACAAAGAUGGAAAGGCUCAAAGUGAUGGCAAAUCCAGCACUGAGGGCACUAAUAAGCCCCAGAUGACACUGGAGGAGAUGGUGACAAAAAAGGAACAAAUUGGCGAAGCAUUGAGAACUACCCAGCUGAUGCUAACCAAACACAGUGACAAAAUGACUGAAGAAGAAAAGCAAGAAGCAAAAGACCAGCUGAAUUCUCUUCAUCAGGCCUACAGCGAGCUCUCUCAGCAGUGUGCAGAUACAGCUUCCUCAGCUUCCUCGGCCGAUCAGGCACUGCAGGUCAUACAAGGGAUUCUGGAUGUUGAAAGUGGAGCUGUCAUGUCUGUGUGUUACUCUGUGAACAAUGGCUUCAUCGACCAGAACACAGGACUUGCUCUUCUAGAGGCACAGCUUAUAACCACUGGACUCAUUUGGCCUGAACAGCACUUGCAUAUGGAAUUAGAGGAAGCAUUCAAGCACAAACUUGUGGAUGAUGCAAUGUGCAAGCAACUGCAAGAGUUGAGUGAAGCUAAAAAAUGUCUUCAGGAUCUUCGGUUUGCUUUAGAACCCUUGCCGGUUAUGGCAGCGCUGGAAAAGGGGGCUAUAUUUGAGCAAACAGCUAUAAAGAUCAUUGAAAUCCAGCUAGCGACUGGAGGGUUAAGACUGUCAUACACUGAUGAUAUUUUACAUCUGGAAGCGGCUUUUCAACUUGGUCUGAUACCUCAGUCCCUCUUUAUCCAGAUAUUGGAGAGAAAGGACACAUGGAAGAGCUUAAUUGACCCCAACACUGCAGAAAAAGUCACACUUAGUCAGCUUGUGCAGAGAAGCAUGAUACACGAGCCAACAGGACUUCGCCUGCUUCCAGUGAAAUGUGGAAAAGAUGGAACUAUAUCCCUGACAUCUGGAAGGGAGAUCACCAUUAUGAAAGCCAUGCACGAGGGCGUCAUUGAUAGAGAGACCAUGUUUCGGUUGCUGAGCACCCAGUUGUUUGCAGGAGGCAUAGCUGACCCCCAAACUGGCCGAAAGCUAACUGUUGAGGAGGCCUUAUCCGAGGGUCUGAUUGAUCGGGACACUGCGAGUGAGAUACUGAGCCAUCAGGCCCAAAAUGGUGGCAUUGUUAAUCCUUGCAGCGGGGCGAGACUUACAGUCGAUGAGGCCGUCCAGUGUGACUUAAUAAGCUCCAGCAGUGCGUUGUUAGUUCUGGAGAGACAGAAGGCCUUCAUGGGUCUCCUUUGGCCUAACGCUGGUGAAAUUCUCUCUUUCUCCACCUCUCUUCAGCAAAACAUAAUCACAGACAAACUAGCGUCAGAGCUGCUACAUAACCGGCACAAAAUAACAGCCUUAUAUAUACCUGAAACCUCUGAGGUAGUUGACAUUGAUUCUGCUGGGGAGGACAACUUAAUUGAGACAUUUACAAAAGAGUUGUUGAAGACGAUAGAAAUCCCAGAUGUGUUCCCUGAUAUACAUGAACUGAAUAACAGGUUUUCAUCCUGGCUGGUAAUGAAGGAGCUUCAAAUCGAUGGAUCUUGUUCAUCCAGUGAAGAAAUCAGUGAUGAAAACACCUCAGAUGCACCAUCUCCCUCUGAGGCCAAACAGUUAUUUAUUUCCUACCUCAUAAUGAAUAGCUAUAUGGAUCCAGAGUCAGGCCAAAGGCUGUUGAUCUUUGAUUGGCAAUUAAAUAAAAUGGCUAAAUUACUCUUUGAAACAUCUGAACAUGUUGAUGAGAUUAGCAGGCUUUAUAUGAAUGUUUCAGAGUCUCUACUAAAUCCUGACGAUGACAACGCUUGUAUGAAUUCUGAUGAUGGUGCUUUGGGAGAAUUGCAAAUAUGUGAACCUUUGGAAAGCACAACAGAAGAAGAGCAUGAAGUUGUGAAUUCAAAUGCAUUACAGAAUUGCCUAAAACCUACUCUACCCUCUGAAUCUGUUGUAAAUGCUGUAGAAACAGAUCAUAAAUGUGAUAUUUUCCUAGACAGUGUUGAACAGAUGACUGUAAUUGAAACUAACAAUCUGCCUAAGAAUUCUACAUGCUCAAACAUAGACAAGUGCCAGUCAGAAAUAAGUGACCUAGCUUCCCCUCAGUCAUCGGAUGCAAUGCAGUUACCACAAAAAGCCUUUUCUGUAGCAGCCACUGCCUCUAGGGUAGCAAACCCUGAAUGUCAUGAUGCCAGUAAAGACCAGGAAAUAUAUUCAAAACACUCACCACUACAGUCCAGUGAUACAACCAGCUAUACAGAAAUGCCCUCUGAAUUUCCACAUACAGAAGUUGUGUGGGAUGACAGACUUGAGAGAGAUUAUGCCAUCCAUCUUCUUAGGGCACAAGUGGAGGAAGGUGGGGUUUUAGAUGUUACCUCUGGAAACCAUCUCGAUAAAGGCCUUAUUGACGAAGAGACUCUCUUAGAAGAGCUUCAAGAGGAUGGUUUGAAAGAGAGCGAAAAUGCUGCUUUGUCAGCUCUGAACACUUCGGUUAGUAAAGGUUGCAUCUCAAGUAAAGUAGCACUAAAGAUCAUGGAAAAGCAGAACCUUUUUGGUGGUCUCUAUGAUUCAGCAGUUGGAAGUACCAUUAGCGUUUGUGACGCUUUAGAGACGGGUCUGAUUACUGAUGAUACCAGCAGAAGCGUUCUCUCUUCAGAGGCAAUCAGGAAGGCCAUCAUUGAUCCAGAGGGAAAGUGUGUGCUCAGUGUAUAUGAUGCCCACCAGUCUGGGAUGUUGGAGGAUGAAGAGGCUGAGAGAAUGCUACAUUCACAGCAGAAUGAAAGGGAAGAAGACAUCAUGGUGCCUGAUUUAGCAAAAAAAGAGCAAAUAAACUUGAGAUCAGAUGAAGCCACAUGGGUAUCUACCCACAAAGCAUGUAGUCAGGAUCUUCUGUUACCCACCAUUUGUGGCAUGCCGUCUAAAGUAAUUUCAGCAAAAGACGAUAUGUUUGAUAAAGUUUCUGAGACUGGAAUAGGGGAGGAUUGUGAUGUACAAUGUGGUUAUUUCAAGACUAUGGAUCCUAUAAAUGAGAUAGACACAACAGAUGACAGAAAAGGAAGUUUCACUUUGGAAGGGAAUGAGAUUAAAAGGCCAAAUAACAGCGUAGACACUUUUCUUGUUGAUGUUUCUUGUGAAACUGUAAGUCCUUCACCAUGUAUCAGGCAGAUGGCAUAUCUUGAGACUACAGCGAGUCAGGUUAUUAGCCCUGUACAGAGUGACUCUGGAAUAUCAUGUUCCUCUCCAAGUGAAAGGAAAUCAGAGCGUGUACUUAAUCCUGAACAGGAAGUCAACAGGUCCAAAGUGGAGUCUGAAACAACAAAUGCAUAUUUUGACAAAGGCCUCUCUGAGAGCUUGAGUACUUCGCUACCAAUGGUGGAGGAUGUUGGAAUAGUUAUAACACUUGCAGAAGCUCAGUCCACCACAUCUUUAUGUUGUGCAAGUGCCAAGUCACCAGUGGAGACUGCAGCAGAGCUGGAUUUAAGUACUGAUGAUCAGUCCACAUUAGCUCAGAAUAUAUCAAAUGAGAAUAAAGUUGAAUAUGCCAAAAAUGUAAGUGAGGACCUAGAUCAUGAGCAUUCUGAUGAGGAUUCAGGUGCGUUUAGUUCAGAGAAUAGAGCACUAGAGAUUGUUAAGUAUGAGGACAUCAGAAAUGCACCAAAAACAAAACAUGAGCCCAUAGUGGUCUGUACAGAAAGCAUUAUUGAUUGUAAGGUAUUAGAGAAUGAUGAGAUUGAAGACUCUGUGGGUUUCAAAGGAUCCGAGGACACAUGUCAGCUCAGUUUGAUAGAUUUAGCUGGAUUGACAGAAAAUUCCAAGCAGUUGCCACCGGAAAUUCUUACCAAUUCUAGUCAAGUUGAUUCAAGUGGAGGUAAUCAUAACAUACUGAACCCAAAUGAGCAAGGCAUAUUUUGUAAUAAUGUGGCCCCAAAUGCCACUAUAAAAGAUGAGUUAGCCAGGUCAUCUGAAUCAGACCUUACAUGUCACAAUGAUAAACAAGUAAAAGUUGUGGUGGAAAUGCUAGAGUCAUCCUUGGGUCAUUCUUCAGAGGAUAUAUUCGCAAAAUCCAACAAAUUGAAGUCUGCCCACCAAAGUCUUUCCGUUAAAAUGAUGGUUGAUCAGAAUAGCAAACAAAGAGCAGACAUCUCCAACCAGUCUCAAGCUGGAGAUACAGUAGUUGCUGAAGGUGUACAUCAGUAUGACCGCCAUUUACCUCAUAUGGCAUUGGCUGAAGAUGAAAGUAUACUGAAGUCAAUGGGAAGCGGUGAUUUAAAGUCUUUUUUAAAUUUGUUAAUCCAAAUGAAGAUGGAUGGAGCAAGUAUGGACGAGACUCAAAAACAAAAAUGCCAAGCCAUCGAUAGCAUUAUGGAAAUAAUUCAGCACCACUCUGCAAUCUCACCGACCAAUCAUCCCAACUCAAAUGAAAGGGGUGAUGACCCAGAUAUCCUCUUGGAUUUGAAAAAACAUGAAGGACAAAGAGAAUCUCAGAACUGGCCAUCUGACGAGAGCAAUGAUGAACCAAAGCAUCAGACUGAUCUGCUGGAGAUGAUUCAGAGGAUCUCCACAAGCAGAGAGCAAGAAAUACUCAAGGAAGUGGAUGGAAAGCUUAGCAGUUUUUUGGAGUGCACUGCUCUGAGAGAUGAAAGCAUGGAAGCUAAAAGCAAUGCUGUUCCAACCACAGAUGAUGCUGUUGCAGAAGAUGCCUUCCAGCCAACCGGCUCUAUCCACCAGGUCUCCAUGGAAGAGGAUCCAAACAUAAAGCAAACAGACAGAGUCAAACCGAGAAGAUAUUCCACCCAGAAUUACUCGGAAUGUGUUGGGAGGCUUCAGGAUCAUUGCGCUACUCUUGAAGAUAUGAGAAGUGACUUGCAGAUGAAAGGUCCAUUAGCAGAAGACAUUGAGGGGUUGCAUAGUCAGUUAGAGGAAGUUAAGUCUCUGGAAGCACAGAUUGCUGCCCUCUCUGUCUUGCUUACACCAGAUUUGAGCGUAGCAGAGCAACUACUGAAUUCCACCAAUGAGCUCAUUCCCGUGCAAAGCCACCAAGAUUUGGCAGCAGUCUAUGUAGAUGUACAGAAUGGUUUCACAGAUGUUUGCCACUUGUCAUCUGAGCGAAGUAAUGCUAUUCUACUAGCCAUUGACACAGUGAGGAUCCAUUUGGAAACCUCACAUCAAGAUUUGCUAAGCUGUCUUGAUAAGGUCUCAGCUUGUAUACAAGACAGUUCUGAGAUGGUGUCUAAGCUUGAUAUCAUGGAUGCUGAUAACAUAGAAAGAAUUAGGAACAAGGUUCAGCAAAAUAAGGAUAUAGAGAAAGACUUAUCAGGAACCCGACAGCUCCUUGAAGACACUGCUUUUGAUAUCCAAAGCUUCAUUUCUGAGCAUGCUCAGUUCCUGAGUCCGACUCAUAGCAGAUACCUUCUAAGGGCUCUCAGUGCAUCCCAGAGAUCAUACAAAGAGCUCAUGGACAGAGUCUUCACUCAAAGACAAACUCUAGAGGUCCAACUGGAGAUCUGUGAGGAGGAGACCCAGCAGAAGGCGGUUGUGGAGAAGCAGAGGGAGUUUUCAGAAAAGCUUCAGGAGCUGUUUGAUGACCUGACACAGACAGAAAACCGCCUCAUUGGCCACCAGCAGCAGGCUGCCAGCGCAAAGACUGUGGGAGAGCUCCAGCAGUACCAACAAGAGCAUCAGGCUCUACAGAAAGACCUGCAGGCUCAUGCCAGUGCUCUCAAUGAAGUCAUCACAAGCACAAAGAAGUUUCUGGAGGAGAAUCGUAGCAAACUCACCCCAGAGCAGAUAUCGGCUCUUGAGAACAAACUGGAGGAACUGAAGAGCAAAGUGAACAUGCUUAACCAGAGGGCAGAAGAGUCCAGGAAAGAUCUAGAGAAGGUAGCAGCUGUUGAACAACUUGAAGAGAGCAAAACUAAGAUCGAGGGUCUUCUGGACUGGAUCUCUAACGUUGGGAAAGAGAAGGAAAUGGGUGGAAUACAAAAGGACCAGAUGGUUAAACAGAAUGGAAACAUGCCUGAGAACACAUCAAUGAAGAGAAUAAUUGGAGAAGAAGAUGACCCUAAUGGAAAUGCAUUAGAUACUACAGACAACACAAGUCUGUGUACUGGCGAAAAACAAGACGGGAAAAACCUGGACCUGGACCUGGACCUGGACCAGCAGUUUAACAGGGUUAAAGCCCACCACCAGGAGAUCUUGUCCCAGCAGCAGGAUCUGAUCAUCACCACACAGUCGGCACAGGCGUUACUCGACAAACAGGCGCAGGUCCUGUCACCCGCUGAGAAAGACAAGUUACAGAGGGACAUUAGAGAGCUGGAGGGUCGCUACAAGGCCUCUCUCACGCAGGCCGAGCAGCAGAUGAAGCAGGUCCAGACUGUCCAGGAGGAGCUUCAGAAGUUCAAGGGGGACUGUGAGGAGUUUGAGACGUGGCUACAGCAGGCCCAAGGGGAGAUGGGGGAGCUCGGUGCGCCCGCUGCUGCUCUGGACACUCUGAGUAACAAUCUACAGAGACAGAAGAGCUUCUCUGAAGACGUCAUCUCUCAUAAAGGAGACCUGCGCUUCAUAACCAUCUCCGGUCAGAAGGUGCUGGACGCAGCGAAGGCCUGCGACUGGAGUGAAUCUGGGGGAGCUGGUGGUCUGCCAGAGGUUGAUAUGUCCGGGACAUGUGCUGCUGUGAAAGAAAGGCUGGAUUCUGCCGCCAGUCACUACAAAUCCUUGCAUAUGCAGUGUAAUCAGCUUGGAAAUAACCUGAAAGACGUGGUGGACAAGUACAAGAAGUAUGAAGACGCCAGUGGUGCUCUGGUGAAGUGGCUGAAUGUCUCUGAGGAAGAGUCCAGAAGACAGCAGUCCGAGCCCAUCGCUGGAGACCCCCAGACCCUACAGAGACAGCUGGAGGAGACCAAGAGUCUUCAAGGGCAAACAUCGUCCCGUCAGGCUGCGGUGGAUUCGCUGAGAAAAACAGCGGAUGCUUUAAUCAGCGCAGAGGGAGACCUGCUGUCCCAUCCAGAAGAGAUUCAGGAGACAGUGGAUGACAUCACAGAGAGAUAUGAGAACCUGUCGAAAUCAGUGAGUGACCGCAACGAGAAGCUGCAGGUGACUCUGACGCGCUCCCUGAGUGUGCAGGACGGCCUGGAUGAGAUGAUGUCCUGGAUGGAGAAGGUGGAAGAGAGCGUGAAGGAGACGCCCAAAGUGCUGCUGGACUCCAGCUCUGUUGCAGAUGCACUUAGCAAGGAGGCAGCCCUGGAGCAGGACAUGUCCAGCAGGCAGAGCAGCAUCUUGGCCAUGAAGGCAAAGGUGAAGAAGUUUGUGGAGGGUGCGGAGCCGGCCGCUGGCGUCCUCCUCCAGACGAAGAUGGAGGGCUUGUCACAGCGGUUUACUGACGCCUCUGAGCGACACAAGCAGAAGGUGGCUCAGAUGGAGGAGCUCCGAGACAAGGUGGAGCAGUUUGAGAAGACAUCCGAGAAGGUGCAGCAGUUUGUGCUGAAGAGCUCCCAGACUCUGUCAGAGUCAGACGGGCCAGGGAAGAACAUCACUGAGCUCUCCCAGCUCCUCCAGGACACAAAUGCAGAGUUAGCCGAGCACUCAAAGGACAUGGGAACGCUCCAGAAACUGACCGAGGAGCUCAGCAAGCUGGGUCCAGAAGGAAGCACUGCUCUCCUCCAGAGCAAGAUGCAGAACAUCUCUGACAGCUUCAAUGCUUUUAAAGACACAAUUACUGAGAAGAAAGAGGAGGUUUCGUCCUGUCAGAAGCAGCUGCAGGAGUUCAGAGCUGCCGCAGGGCUGGUAAUGAAAUGGCUGGAGGAGACAAAAGAGCAAGUGCCAGAGCUUCAGCCCAACUGCAGUGAACAGAGCCUGGGAACAGACCUGCAGAGAGUCCACGGCUUAUUGGACGAUUGGACCUCCAAAGCUCCUGCAGUCCAGGAUAUAAAUAGCAAAGGAUCUGCUCUGUGUAGCCUAAUCAGUGUUUUGACAUCACCGGCCAAAGCCAAGAUACGUCACAACUCAGGAUCAGCUAUCAAUAAUGGUUCUGGUACAGACAGCCAUUCCUAUCUCACAAACCAAGAGCUGAUGCUGGUACAGCAGAACAUGUCCUACGUUAACAACAGUUAUGAACAUCUGGGGGAACUCCUGAAGGCCAGGUCCUCUGAGCUCGGCGCUUUGUUAAAGAGAGUUCAAGACGUCCAUGAACAAGCUGAGUCUUUACGUCAGUGGAUGGAAGACACAAAGAAAACGGCAACAUCAUUGAGUAACCAUCCUUCUGGGAAAGACACAGUCAAAUCACAGAUAGAGCAACAGAAGGUGUUUGAAGAUAAUAUGAAACAAAAGCAAGUGCAGCUUCAGCAGCUCAGGGAGAAUCUGCUCCGUUUAAUCGAGGAACACCCUGAUUCACCCGAGGCAGAAAAGUGGAAGCACAUGCUGGCACAGACAGAUGCAGGAUGGGAGGAGGUCAGGGGCACAGUGGAGAUCCGGAAGCAGCACCUGGAGGAGUCGUCCCGCAUGCUGGAGCUCUUCCAGACGACCCAGCCGCAGCUCUCACAGUGGCUGCAGGAGAAGGAGCUGAUGAUGGGCGUCCUGGGACCUCUGUCUGUGGACCCAAACAUGCUCAACACACAAAAGCAGCAAGUCCAGAUUCUCCUCAAGGAGUUCGAGAGCCGCAAGCCUCAGUAUGAGAAGUUAACCGAGGCGGCCACAGCCAUCGCUAGUGCGUCAGAGCAGCAGGAUCCUGCCGUAGAGCAGGUUAAAGAACAGCUGGCAUCUGUUUCCCAGAAAUGGCAGGCCCUGACAGGUCAGCUGUCUCAGAGACAUGCUCUCAUUGAGCAGGCUGUCGGUAAGACCACUCAGUUCCAGGAGCUCUUGCGAAGCCUCAGUAAAAGUGCCACUUGUCUGGAGACUGAACUUAAUAACCAGCAGGCCCUCAGCACCCAACCUGAUGAAGUCAAGAAGCAGAUUGAAGCCACUAAUUCAAUCCUGGCUCAGCUACGAGAGGAGAAGAAGAGGCUGAAGGAGGCAGAAACCGUCUGCUCUGAGCUCUCUGCCAUGGUGACUGAGGAGUAUCUCAGAGCAGACUUGACAAAACAGCUUGAGAGCAUCACUAAACCAUUUAGACAACUUGAGGACAAAGCAGGAAAGCGGAUUGAGCAGCUCAACUCAGCCUUUGCCAGCUCCCAGCAGUUCCAUCAGACAUCGAAGGACUUCCAAGCCUGGCUGAAUCAGACUCUGCAGGAGCAGUGUACGCCACAACCCAUCUCUGCUAAUGCAGAGAAGUUAAAACAGAGUCUCAAGGAGAACAGUGCAGCUCAAAAGGCUAUUAGCGAGCAUGAAGAACCUUAUAACACCAUCAUUAAAGAGGGAGAAGCUCUCCUCCAGAGCACGGAGGGGGCAGAGAAGGUGGCCCUUCAGGGACAGCUCUCUGCUCUAAAGUCCAGCUGGCAUGAUGUGAAGAAAGGUAAUGCUGAGAAAGCAGAAAAGUUUCAAGGGGCCUUGGAGAGGGCACUGAAGUACACAGAACACUAUGAGAAGCUUAGCUCAUGGUUGCAAGAGGUUGAAGACAGUGAGAAGAAUGUGAAGCUUAGCGCAAACUCAGUGGAGAUCGAGGGCUCCCUCUCACAGUUGAAGGCCAUCCAGAAAGACGUUGAGAAGCAUAGAGGGCAAGUUGUGAUGAUGAAUGCAGCUGCAGACAGCCUCCUGGAGGUAGUCACCUCAGAUGGGGAUUCGGUUAGGGAGGAGAAGGUAGCUACUGGUAAAAGAGUCGAUAAGCUGACAGAAGAUCUAACGCUUAAAAGAGAAUCAUUAGAAAAUAUCUCACAGAAGCUAAAAGAGUUCAACGACUUACAGAAAGAAGCCAAAGGGCAGCUGGAGGCUGCCAGAAAACAGCUCGAUUCUCACUCAGCUUUGGGUGUCCAGGCCUACAGCAAUAAGAACCUGACCAACAUGAAGGCUCAGCAGAACAGCUUAGAGGCUGUCCACAACCAGGUUGAGCAUCUCAAAAAUGUUGCAAAAAGUCUUGUGGUAGAUGCCUCUGAGGUGGAAGGUGUGACAGACCUUCUUCUUCAGGCAGACAGCUUGGAAAAAGACCACAUGUCAAUUACCAAAAAGGUAGAGGAUGCAUGCUCCACCUUGGAGAACAAACUCCAGGGCAUUGGACAAUUCCAGAACAGCAUUCGGGAAAUGUUUGCGAACUUCACAGACCUGGACGAUGAGUUCGAUGGAAUGGCUCCUGUAGACAGGGAUCUUGACACCUUACGGGAUCAGCAAAGGACUAUCAAAGACUUUGUUGCUAGACUUCAGGAUCUGAUGACCAACACAGCCAACGGCAGAGACAGGUGCAAAAAGAUGCUGGAGUCAGAGGCCUCUCCAGAUCUCCUGGGUCUGAAGAGAGACUUGGAAACCCUGGGCAAGCAGUGUGGAAAGCUGAUGGACCGAGCCACUGGUAGAAGAGAACAGGUUGAGGAGACCCUCAGUCAUCUUGAGGAGUUCUACAGCAAGGCGCAGGUGUUUAGCCACAAACUGAGCAGUGCCGAAAAACAAGAGGAGUCCCAAGGGUCUGUUGGCUUGGAAACAGAAGUCAUUAACCAACAACUGGAGUCAUUCAAGGUUUUCCACAAGGAUGUCAUUGAGUCGCUGCAGAGCCAAUUGCAGGAACUGAACACACUGGGCCAAGCACUGAUCCAAAAUGCAGCCAAAGGCACCAGCACCAAAAAACUUGAUCAUGAUCUAGAGGAGGUCAACACCAGAUGGAACACCCUCAACAAAAAAGUUGCGGAGCGAUCUGCACAGCUUCAUGAAGCCCUGCUGCAGUGUGGCAGGUUCCAGGAUGCACUGGAGUCCCUUCUCAGCUGGCUCACGGACACCGAGGAGCUGGUGGCCAAUCAGAAGCCUCCAUCAGCAGAAUUCAAAGUGGUGAAAGCACAGAUACAAGAGCAGAAGCUCCUGCAGAGACUGCUGGAUGACCGGAGAGCUACGGUGGAGCUGAUUAAGACGGAGGGACGGAAGGUGACAGACUUAGCUGAUACUGUUGAUAAGGAGAAGAUUGCAAGAGAGAUUGAAUGCCUGGGGCAAAGGUGGGACGCCCUACUUAAGAAAGCUGAGAACAGACAAAAGCAGUUGGAGAAUAUUUUGGUGGUGGCACAGCAAUUCCACGAGACCCUUGUGCCUUUGAUGGAGUGGCUGGCAGCUACUGAAAAAAGACUAGCCAACUCAGAGCCCAUCGGCACCCAGACGACCAAGAUAGAGGAGCAAAUUUCUCGGCAUAAGGCUUUAGAGGAGGAGGUUUUGGGCCGUGGUAAGAUCUUGUACCAGGCCAUGAGUCUGGGCCAGUCUCUACGGGCGGUCAGCUGUGUGGAUGACAAGCAGCUGGUUCAGGCAAAGCUUGACAGCACGCACAGCAGCUACAUCGAGCUGCAGGAGCAUUGCCGGCAGAAGUCCGAGCUAUUGCGGCAGGCUUGUGCUAAUGCCCAGCUCUUUGGGGAGGACGAAGUGGCCCUAAUGACCUGGCUCGAUGAGAUGCACACCAAACUGAGCGAAGUCUCGAUCCAAGACUACACGAUGACUGUGAUCGCAAAACAGCAUGCUGAGCAGCUGGCUCUUCAUGAAGACAUUGAGUUGAGGAAACUAGAUAUUGAACAGGCCAUCCUAAAUGGGUUAGAACUGCUGAAACAGACCACAGGCGAUGAGGUUGUCGUCAUCCAAGGUAAACUAGAUGGAAUAAAGACGAGGUACUCAGAGAUCAACACAAUGAGCAACAAUGUUUCAAAGACUCUGGACAAAGCCCUGUCUCUUGCCACAAAGCUGCAAAACAGCCACGAAGAGCUGAACUCCUGGUUGGAGAAGGUAGAGUCUGAGCUGGCCACGUUUACAGCUCAAGAGCCGGUCGGAGAGCAGCUCACUCACUUACAAGAGAGGCAGAGAACCCUGAUGAAGGAGGUUAAGGGUCAGAAGCCACUGGUGGACUCUCUGAAUGAAGUAAGCAGCGCUCUGCUGGAACUCGUCCCAUGGCGAGCAAGAGAAGGUCUGGACAGGAUGGUCACAGAUGACAACGAGCGCUACAGAACGGCUAGCGAUGCUAUUACACAGCAUGUAGACCAGACCGGAGCUGCCAUCUUAAAAUCCCAGCAGUUUGAGCAGGCUGCCACCGCUGAGCUUGACUGGCUGACGGAGGCAGAGAGGAAGUUGUUAUGCCUUGGGGACGUCAGGCUUGAGCCGGAGCAGACCACAGCUCAGUUACAGGCUCAGAAGAGCUUCUCCAUGGACAUUAUGAGACAUAAAGAUGCUGUGGAUGAGAUUGUGAAGACCAGCGAGGUCAUUAUGAACAGUAAAGAUGAGGCAGAGAAGCAGGCGCUGAGGAUGAAGCUCCAGACACUGUCAGAGAAAUACAGUGUGGUCAGCCAGCUGAAUUCAGAGCGCUGUCUGCAGCUGGAGAGAGCUCAUUCUCUGGUCUGUCAGUUCUGGGAAACACACGAUGAACUGUGGCCAUGGCUGCAGGAGACGAGGACUGCCUUCACUCAGCUGUCCCUGCCGACUAUUGAGUACGAAGCACUUCGACAGCAGCAAGAGGAGCUGAGGCAAAUGAGGGAGCUGAUAGCAGAGCACAAGCCUCACAUUGACAAGAUGAAUAAAACUGGACCUCAGCUGGUGGAGUUGAGUCCCAGUGAAGGGCUGCCAAUCAGAGAGAAAUACGAGGCUGCGGAAAAACUGUACAGCCAGCUGAAAGUGGACGUCAAGCAUAGAGCAGCUGCCUUGGAUGAGGCCAUCUCCAAAUCCACUCAGUUCCAUGAUAAGAUAGACCCAAUGCUGGAGUCUCUGGAGCGCAUCGCCGAACGCCUGCGCCAGCCUCCAUCCAUCUCAGUCGAGGUGGAGAAGAUCCGAGAGCAGAUAUCGGAGAACAAAGCCGUGAAUGUAGACUUGGAGAAACUUCAGCCAUCGUAUGAGACCCUGAAGCAGCGAGGAGAGGAGAUGAUCGCUCGCUCCGAAGGAGCAGACAAGGACCUUUCGGCCAAAGCUGUUCAAGAUAAGCUGGACCAGAUGGUGUUUCUGUGGAAUGACAUCCAAGCUCUUCUGGAGGAAAGAGAGGCCAAGCUCCUGGAUGUCAUGGACUUAGCCGAGAAGUUCUGGUGUGACCACUGCGCUCUGAUCGUCACCAUCAAAGACACACACGACCUGCUGAAAGAGCUGGAGGAGCCUGGAGUCGAUCCUUCAGUGGUCAAGCAGCAGCAAGAGUCUGUGGAGGGCUUUAGAGAAGAGAUUGACGGACUGCAGGAGGAACUCAAUGUGGUCCAGAAUCUGGGGGCGGAGCUUAUGACAGCAUGCGGAGAACCUGAUAAACCAGUGAUCAAGAAAAGUAUAGAUGAGGUGAACUCAGCUUGGGAAACCCUGAACAAGGCAUGGAAAGAGAGAGUGGAGAGUCUAGAGGAAGCCAUGCAAGCUGCGGUGCAGUUCCAGGACAGUCUCCAGAACAUGUUUGACUCGGUGGAUAUUAUGGAAGGCAAACUGGAUUUGAUGUCGCCCGUGGGCACGGACCUGGAGACUGUGAAACAGCAGAUCGAGGAGCUGAAGGAGUUCAAAGGUGGUGCGUACCAGCUGCAGAUCGAGAUGGAAAGGCUGAACCAUCACGCCGGGCUUCUGCUGAAGAAGGUGCUCGAGGAAGACGACCGCACUUCCAUCCUGGAGCCAAUGAAUGAGCUGAAGAUGCUCUGGGACAACCUGGAUAAAAAGAUCAUCAACAGACAGCACAAGCUGGAGGGAGCGCUGCUGGCUCUAGGGCAGUUCCAGCAUGCUUUAGAUGAACUUCUGGCUUGGCUCACUCACACUGAAGAGCUGCUUAAUGAACAGAGGAAGGCCUGCGGUGACCCCAAAGCCAUCGAGAUCGAGCUCGCAAAGCACCACGUGUUGCAGAACGAUGUGCUGGCCCACAAGACCACGGUGGAGGCGGUGAACAAGGCCGGCAGUGACCUCAUUGAUUCCAGCGCUGGAGAGGAGGCACGAGGUCUGCAGAACAAGCUGGAGAACCUCAACCAGCGCUGGAGGACUAUCCUGGAGAAGACUGAGCAGAGAAGACAGCUUCUGGACAGUGCUCUGCUGCAGGCUCAAGGUUUCCAUGGUGAGAUUGAAGACAUGCAGCAGUGGCUGAAAGACACGGAGCGUCAGCUGUUAGCAUCAAAGGCCCUCGGAGGCUUACCAGACACGGCCCGAGAGCAGCUUAACACCCAUCUGGAGCUCUGCAGUACACUGGAAGCAAAGGAGGAAAUAUAUAAGCAGCUUCUUGACCGAGGGCAGCAGAUUUUGACCUUGACCCCUGAAGGUCAAGACAGCACCACUGAGCUGGACCUACACAACCUGCAGGAGAAGUGGGAAUGUGUUCAAGCCAAAGUGACAGAGAGGAAGGUGAAACUGGAGGAGGCUCUGGUGAUGGCCACAGACUUCCAUAACUCACUACAAGAUUUCAUUAACUGGCUGACGCAGGCCGAACAGACCCUCGCUACAGCCUCGCCUGCCUCCCUCAUCCUGGAGACCGUCAUGUUCCAGAUAGAUGAGCAUAAGGUGUUUGUGACUGAGGUGAACUCCCAUCGGGAUCAGAUCAUCGAGCUGGAUAAGACAGGAACACACCUCAAGUACUUCAGUCAGAAACAGGACGUGGUGUUGAUCAAGAACCUCCUGCUGAGCGUUCAAGGCCGCUGGGAGAAGGUCGUGCAGAGGUCAGUGGAGAGAGGACGGCUGCUGGACGAUGCCAGGAAACGUGCCAAACAGUUCCAUGAGUCCUGGAACAAACUGAUGGAGUGGCUGGAGGAGUCCGAGAGAGCGCUGGACUCUGAGCUGGAGAUCGCUAAUGAUCCGGACAAGAUCAAGACACAGUUAACCCAGCACAAGGAGUUCCAGAAAACUCUGGGCAGCAAGCAUUCGGUGUAUGACACCACCAGCCGCACGGGCCGAGCUUUGAAGGACAAGACCUCCUUGCAAGAUGACAACCAGAAGCUGGACGACAUGCUCAGUGAGCUCAGGGACAAAUGGGACACAGUCUGCGGGAAAUCUGUGGAGAGGCAGAAUAAGCUGGAGGAGGCUCUGCUGUUCUCAGGUCAGUUCACAGAUGCAUUGCAGGCUCUCAUCGACUGGCUUUAUAAAGUGGAACCACAGCUUGCUGAAGAUCAGCCCGUGCAUGGAGACAUAGACCUCGUCCUGAACCUCAUCGACAGCCAUAAGGUGUUCCAGAAAGAGUUGGGCAAAAGGACUGGCAGCGUGCAGGCUUUGAAGCGCUCGGCCCGUGAGCUUAUUGAGAACAGCCACGAUGACUCGUCCUGGGUCAAAGUUCAGAUGCAAGAGCUGAGCACUCGCUGGGAGACGGUGUGCAGCCUCUCUGUGUCCAAACAGACACGGCUCGAGCAGGCACUGUGUCAGGCUGAGGAGUUCCACUCCACCGUUCAUAUCUUACUGGAGUGGCUUGCAGAGGCCGAGCAGAGCCUUCGCUUCCACGGUGCCUUGCCUGAUGAUGAAGAAGCCCUCCGCGCUCUCAUUGAACAGCACAAGGAGUUGAUAAAGAAGCUGGAGGAGAAGCGACUGGCACUGAAUAAAGCCACAAGCAUGGGAGAGGCGAUCCUGUCCAUCUGCCACCCAGACUCCAUCACCACCAUCAAACACUGGAACACCAUCAUCAAAGCACGCUUUGAGGAGGUGACAGCCUGGGUACGACAGCACCAGCAGAGACUCUCCAGUGCUCUGGCUGAACUGCUGGCCACACAAGAACUGCUGGAAAACCUGCUGAACUGGCUCCAGUGGGCUGAAACCACACUCGGCGAGAAAGACAAGGAACCUCUUCCUCAAGAGUUAGAGGAAGUCAAAUCACUCAUCGCUGAGCACCAGACAUUCAUGGAAGAGAUGACCAGAAAUCAACCAGACGUGGAUAAAAUCACCAAAACUCAUAAGAGAAAAGCCACAGCAGAUCCUCCGGUUCAGUCUCAAAUCCCUGUUCCAGAGAGAGGACGAACAGCCAGAAAGAGAUCCCCUACACAAUCCAUGUAAACCGCAGCAUCACAGCCACAAAUCGAGACGAAGAACCCCCGAGUGAACCUGCUGGUCAGUAAGUGGCAGCAGGUGUGGCUUCUGGCGCUGGACAGGAGGAGGAAGCUCAACGAUGCUCUGGACAGACUAGAGGAGCUGAAAGAGUUUGCCAACUUUGACUUUGACGUAUGGAGGAAACGCUACAUGCGCUGGAUGAACCACAAGAAAUCACGCGUCAUGGAUUUCUUCCGCCGUAUCGAUAAAGACCAGGAUGGAAAAGUCACAAGGCAGGAAUUCAUCGAUGGCAUCCUGUCCUCAAAGUUCCCCACCAGUCGUCUGGAGAUGAGCGCUGUGGCAGACAUCUUUGAUCGUGAUGGCGAUGGAUACAUCGACUACUAUGAGUUUGUGGCUGCUCUACAUCCAAACAAAGAAGCUUACAAACCAUUAACCGAUGCAGACAAAAUUGAAGAUGAGGUUACACGCCAAGUUGCAAAGUGCAAAUGUCCGAAACGGUUCCAAGUAGAGCAGAUUGGUGCCAACAAAUAUCGGUUUGGAGAUUCCCAGCAGCUGCGGCUGGUGCGGAUCCUGCGCAGUACAGUGAUGGUGCGGGUGGGUGGAGGUUGGAUGGCCCUGGAUGAGUUCCUGGUGAAAAAUGACCCGUGCAGAGUUCACCACCACGGGAGUAAAAUGUUGCGCUCGGAAUCAAAUUCUUCAAUUACUCAGUCUCCUAUAGCUAAAGGCAGAACCAACGUGGAGCUGCGCGAGAAGUUUAUUCUCCCAGAAGGCACCACCCAGGUGAUGGCCAGUUUCCGCUACAGAGGUCGAAGGUCACGGCCGUCCUCAAGAGGCACCUCCCCUAACAGAUCCAAUUCUAGUCACAGCUGUCCCACAGCACAACCCAACCCACCCGGAUCCAACACACCCAAGAGCACCCCUAUUCAGGGAAGCAAGCUUCGUCUUCCAGGUUAUCUGUCAGGAAAAGGCUUUCAGUCGGGAGAAGAUGGGACCUUGAUAAACGCUGCAGUCAUGAAGGCCAGAGGUCAAUCCAUGGG